GCCGUUAAGGGUUUCCCAGUAAAUAAUACUUUCACUUUCAACGGUCACCGGAGAAGCAACAGCGCCUGCCGCUCGCCUAACAUAAUACAGUAUCCUUCACUGAGGGACGCUCAAUGAUUAUUACGGGGAAUGGAGAUUGUUAUACUUGCUUCAUUAUUGUCUCUGUAUUGUGACUUCACCGAUGCUGAGUGCCUGGUAAUCAGUCCUGCCAGGCUGGUGGUGAAGUAUGGAGACCCAGCUUCAGCCAAAUGCACUUCAGAUACCCCUGUAGAGAUGGGCUGGGAAGCCACCCAGGGAGGGGCGGGUCUAACAGACAAGGAGGUGAAGUUCCUAAACUGGAGGGUGGACAGUGUGACUGACUGGAAUAACAAACCUACAUGCCACACAGAAGGAGGCCUGUGUCAGAAACAGCUGAACAUCACAGUUUAUAAGCUUCCAGACCGUGUCUCCUUCAGCUAUAGGAAGUACCCUGAUCCGAUGGUUGAGGGGGAUCAGUACCUGCUACAAUGUCUUAUCCAGAACAUCGCUCCUAUUGGGAGACUCAGGGUGACCUUCUACAAAGUCAAUACCACUGGUGAACAGACAGAAUUAGACACACAACAAAAAUCCAAGAACAAAACCAAGACACUAGAGAAUGGGACCUAUACCCUGGACUUCACCCCUAGUAGAGAUGAUGACGGGGCCCAGUUGUGGUGUUCAGCCAUGUUGGAUCUGGGACCAGAGGGACCCCAACCUCCUCCUGUAAUGGAAUCAGAACGCCUCAACAUCAACGUGCACUACAAGCCUCAGAUCAUUAUGAGUCCUGGAUGUUUCUCCAUGAGCAUCCCAGAGGGCGACACCCUAUCACUUAACUGUAGUGCAAAUGGUAACCCUGCCCCCUCGUACGAUUGGUUGCUCCCCCAAUCUGCCCCCGCCCCCAACACCAUGGAAGAGAGAUCCGUAGUGACCAUCACCAACAUGGUCAAGUCUCACUCUGGAAAUUACACCUGCAACGCCAGAAACCCCCUGGGAAACAGCAUCUGGACUGUUAACGUGGAGGUCACAGAGGGAGGCCUGUGUCAGAAACAGCUGAACAUCACAGUUUAUAAGCUUCCAGACAGUGUGUCCAUGACAGGCCCCUCAGGUCCGAUGGUUGAGGGGAAAGAGUACGAGUUUAAGUGUCUCAUCCAGCAGGUCGCUCCAGGUAACAGUCUCAAUGUGUCCUCUUACAAAGCCUCUACCAUCGGUAGAAAGACAAAGACAUUGUUAUACGCACCAGAUGUACCAAGGCGACCACCAAGGAACCUAUUAGUGGGGAAUAUACCCUGCUGUGGUCCCCCAGUAGAGGUGAUGAUGGGGCCCAGCUCUGGUGUUCAGCCCUGUUAGGACUGGGAGAACUGGGACCCCAACCUCCUCCUGAAGUGGACUCAGAGCCCUUCAACCUCACCGUGCACUGUGAGUCCAUCUGUUUCUCUGUUACUCAACUGGUGAUGUCUGUCUGCACUGUUCUCAUUUACUCUCUCUGCUCUCUCUGUCUUUCUGCUCUCUCG